AUGGAGCGCCUGCGAACCCUGGCACGGGAGGCGUUGACUUGGCAUUUCCUCGAGGACCACCAGAGGGUGCUGUGGGCGGCGGUACUGGAGUUCGAUGCCGUUCCGACACAGGACCUGCCGCCCUGGUUCUUCGAGCGGCAGAACUUCACUCGGCGGCACCUAGGCGUGGACCUCUUCAGCCUGGAUGGAAAGCGUGCAGUACUUUGUCGUGCUGGCAAUGCCACACACAAGGAUGUAAAGCGGUUCCUGCGAACGGCCAACUGCGUCUGCCAGGCUCCGCAAUGCACGCUUUGGACCUUCCGCGGCUGCAAGAUCGCCCGUGCUUCCAGGAAGUGGCUCCGAAAUUAUGGGUGCCAUCACCAAAUCCUAGCCAAGCGGAACCUGCGCAAGCUUCAGCAGGGUGCCAGUGCCUCUUUCGAUGCUCCUUCAUCAGGUCAGGCGCUGCCGUUAGCGCCACCGCUGCGGCCGUGUCAGGAGGCCUGCCUGGAGGCCUGCGCCAAGGGAGCCAGGGUCAUCGAGAUGGCCUGUGGCACGGGGAAAACGCGCGUGAUCCGUGAGCUGGCGGCCAAGCAGAAAGAGAAGGUCUUGGUCACCGUUCCCUCGCGUGUGCUGCUGGAGCAAGUCGCUGUUGAGAUGCCUGGCUUCUGCAAGGUGGGCACGCGCUACAACAACAACAUCAAUAUGACAUCCCAUGGCUUCAUUGCGGUGACUGACUCGGUGCAUCUUUUGCGGAAGCUGGAUUUCGCGGCUAUCUUUGUGGACGAGGCCCACCAUCCCUUGCCUCCAGGACUGCCGAGCUGUAAAGAGCUCUUCCAGUUCUCAGCCACGCAGAAGGAGGAAGUGGAUUUCAGAUACAGCCUCGGCGAAGCGAUUGAGGAUGGCGUGCUGUGCGACUACGACCUCACGAUGCCGGUGGCGACCAACCGCCAUCCCUACAUUUGCCUUGCGAAUUUGCUGCUUUCGCAGGCUGGGCGAUUUCGGCGGGUGCUCGCCUACUGCAACUCCGUCGCAGAAGCCAAGCGAUUUCGGCAGGUGUUGGAGACUGUCGGGUUGGCGGCGUGGCACAUCAACGGGCGCUCCAGCCGACACGAGCGGGACAGGGUGAUGCACGAAUUUGCGCAAGAUUUGCAGAAGCCCGUGCAUGUGCUGGUGACGGUUCAGGUGUUGGGAGAAGGCAUCAACAUCCCGAACGCCGACACAUGCAUGUUCGUGGAGCCACGCAGCAGCUACGUGAGCAUCAUUCAAGCCAUCGGCCGGGUGCUGCGGCCGCAUCCGUCCAAGCCUUUUGCCCAUAUUGUGUUGCCUGCGAUUGCGAUGGCUGCAGUGCCGGCGUCAGCUGUCACUCCUCGCGGUCCUGGCCACGACUUGGGUGACAGCCGCGAUGCGGCAAGAGGAAUUGAAACUGAAACCGUGGCAACAAGUUUCGCAUCUUCUCGUCAAGUUUUGGGUGAGUCGGCUGGCUCUGCAAGCAAACCUGAAUCCGGAACUGCCGACCUGGUGUCGAGGCAGACCUCAAGCAGAAAUAGAGCCGACGUCCACGACACGUCUCUUGUGCAGCACCAUGAUCCGGAGAAGGAGGCUGGACUUGGGAGUCGUCUCUCGCGGCCUGGUUCCUCCCCAAUGCGGAGCUCUUCCACGCAGCCAGCCAUAAGUGCCACUGCUGCCCCAGACACUUGGUCGAGUGCAGGGUUUAUAAAGCCAGCGCCUGAAGCCAAUUCAGAGUUGUUCAAGGUGGAGGAGCACCGGGAGGCUGCACGGUAUCAUGGACCCGGAGCAAGCGAUGCUAAGCCAGCAUCCACCUGCCAGAAGCUGAAGGUAAAAAUGCCUGCCCGCAGCGUUGGUCUCUUCGGUCGUGAAAGUACCCGCCAGCUUGAAAGGUUCCUGCAAGUAAUAGGAAACGCGGACAGCCGAUUUCUUGCCACAGACACCAAGCACUUGCAAUCUCGAAUUUGCGUCUCAGACUGCCAAUUGCAGCAGGGACUGUCACAGCUUUGGGGUCGCAGCGUGCAGUAUCAGUUGGCGUUGAUCCUGCAACGACGGGACCCCUGGGAGCUGCGCUUGCGGGCAGUUGAAGAAUUUGUGCAAGAGCAUGGUAUUCUUCCACGAGAGGUCACGCAGAUGCCUGCGGAGAAAUCUUUGGCACACUGGCUGCGGCAAGCAGGGUACUAUUUGAAGAAGCGGUUACUCACGGCAGCCAGGAUGCAGAAGCUCCUAGACUCGUCAUGUGGCAAGCUACGAGCCCGUGUUCAGAAGUGGCUCGACCCGCAGACGCCGUUUGAGCGAUUCGUGAAGAAGUUGCGGGAAUUUGUCCGGGUUCAUCACCGCAUGCCCAUAGACAACAGGGCAUUGUCGAAAGAGGAGUACAAACUAGCCCAAAGUCAGAAUCAAUUUCUGUUUCCCGGGCGCAAGGAUCGUGAGAGGCGACUUCAAAUUCUGGAGAAGGAGGGCCCCAUCGUUGCGAAAUGGGUGGCGUCAAAGCGAACAGGACAUCCUCGACUCGACAUGAAGAAGUGGAGGAGGAAGCUUCAGAAGCUGGUUGAGUUUUUGAACAUGCAUGGUCGACUGGCGCAGUCGGGGAGCAGUGAGCGCCCUAUGUACGUUUGGUUGCAUCAACAGCGACAUCAGCUGGAUCGUCUCCCUGCCGAUCUCCGAGCGGAGCUUCUCAACUCGCACCCGCUAGUCGCAUCUUUCUUGCAGAGCGCCCGGCCAAAACUUGUUUUCCCAGAGGUGGAACACGUUCGCCUGGCCCACGUUUGGCUGCGCCGCCUUGCAAAAGACAAAGGCCUCGUUGAGUUGGACGACUUGGCCCUCUACGAUCGCUUUGCCGCUAAGCCCGUGUUCGCCUUGUGCAAGGCCCGUGGCCGCGGCUUUCCUGCCGCCGCGGCGCGGCGCAAAGCGGGCUUCUCCGAGGCCUUGAUAACCGCUGUCCGCGAUGCGAAGUCACAGCGCAGACCCCUGCCAGUGGAGCCAGCGACCUGCUGA